CAUUACCAGCGUGCAGCGAUUGCUUCUCUCUCCCUGUGUCUAGGCCGCCUGCAAUGGCUCAGCCUCUGCUGCUGUUGGCGGCGGCUCUCCUGGCUCUCGCCCUGACCCUGAGUUGGGCGGAGGUGCCGUUGGCAGACGGGGAGCCGCUGGAGCCUUACGACCGGUUGUUUGAUGCGGCGGUGAACUCGUACCAUCGAAACGAUUGGCAAGGGGUGAUCAUCAACAUGGAGCGAGCCCUGAAGAACCAGCAGGUCCUGUAUCAGGUCAAGACCCACUGCCGGCUCCAGUGCAACAACCAGACUGGCUUUGUGUCCUCGGCCAGCAGCAGGGACUUCCUCUUCGACCUGAACUUCUUCAACACGGUGCUGAGGAAGGCCGAGUGCCUGCGAGCCUGCAAGAGCACUAGGCUGGGACCAGACUCACUGCAUCAGGUCACUGAGGAGACCCAGCUGGAGUUCAAGAGGAGGACUCCUUACAACUAUCUGCAAGUCGCUUACUUCAAGAUUAAGAAGCUGGACAAGGCUGUGGCAGCGGCCUACACCUUUUUUGUGGCUAAUCCAGAACAUCUGGAGAUGCAGCAAAAUCUGGAGUAUUACAAGCUGAUGGCUGGUGUGAAGGAAUCGGACUUUACAGAUCUGGAAGCCAGACCCCAUAUGGAAUCGUUCCGGGCGGGAGUCAGACUGUACACAGAUGAGCAGUUUCUAGCCUCGAUCGAGCUCUUUGAGAAAGCUUUGGUGCAGUACCUCCAGGCAGAUAUGGAGUGCCGAGCACUGUGUGAAGGUCCGUAUCUCUUUGAUGGUUACAGUUACAUGGAGUACAAUGCAGACCUCUUCCAAGCCAUAACAGAUCAUUACAUUCAGAUCCUGAGCUGCCGGCAGAACUGUGCUGUGGAGUUGGCUAGCCGGCCUGGGAAAGAGAAGCCCAUCGAUAACUUCCUGCCCGCCCAUUAUGAUCACCUGCAGUUUGCCUACUACAACACGGAGAAUUAUGAAAAGGCCAUUGAGUGCACCAAAACGUACCUUCUUUUCUAUCCCAACGAUGAGGUGAUGAACCAGAACCAGCAGUAUUACGAGGCAGUACUGGGAGACCAACUAGCGAGACACAUUGAUGCCAGAGAGAGAGUCCAGGUGUACAUCAACAGCUCACUGCUGGAGAAGGAACUGCUGUACUUUGCCAACGAAGUGUUUGGGAUCACAUUUAUAGACCCAGACGCUUGGACUCCAGAAAAUGUGAUGCCUGUUAAACUCAGGGAAAAACAAAAGACUGAGCGGGAGACUGCAGCGCGGAUCAGCGAGGAGAUUGGGAACCUGAUGAAGGAAAUCGAGCAUCUUGUGGAUGAGAAGACCAAGGAGUCGGUGGAGAUCGUUAAGAUGGUCCGAGAGGGAGGUCCUGUGCUGUAUGAUGGGGUGCAGGUGGUGAUGAACUCCAAGAUGAUGAACGGCACACAGAGAGGCCUGAUGGACGGAGUUAUCACCCCCAAUCAAUGCCUGGAGCUCCGCAUGCUGUCUAACUUGGCUGCCUCGGCCGGAGAUGGUUACCGUGGAAAACCUUCACCGCACACUCCCAACGAGCGAUUCCAGGGAGUGACCAUGCUCAAGGCUCUCAAGCUGGCACAGGACGGCAAGGUUCCUCUGAGUUCAGCUAAACUCUAUUACGAUGUGAGCGAGAAAGUCCGGAGAAUUCUUGAAUCAUAUUAUCGCCUUGAAAAGCCACUGCACUUCUCCUACACCCACCUGGUUUGCCGUACGGCCGUAGAAGGAAACCAGGUAGAACGAGCGGACCUGAGCCAUUCCAUACACGUGGACAACUGCAUCCUGAACUCCGAGGCUCUGGAAUGUCGUAAGGAAACGCCGGCUUAUACACAGCGGGAUUACAGUGCUAUUCUUUACUUCAAUAACGAUUUUGAAGGCGGAGAAUUUAUCUUCACUGAACUGGAUGCUAAAAGCAUUACUGCGCGAGUGAAGCCCGAUUGUGGCCGACUGGUCAGCUUUUCCUCGGGCAGUGAAAACCCGCAUGGUGUGGAGGCGGUGACUAAAGGUCAGCGGUGUGGCCUGGCCAUCUGGUUCACUUUGGACCCACGGCAGACAGAGAGGGACAGGUUUGAGGCUGAUGAACUUGUAAAGAUGCUCUUUGACCUGGAUGUUGACCAGGUGGCAGCCAAAGCACCGGCUGUGGGUGAGAAGACCCUGGGACCCUCGGAGGGAGGCCCGCAGAGCCAGGGAGGGGCUAACACACAGACACCGGCUGGAGGUCAAGCAACAGAAAUGGCAGGCGAACCUGGGGCAGCCCCCUCCAACAAGACACCGACUCGUGACACAGAGAACCAAGGCCCAAAAGCCCCUGCAGACGUCCCCCUGAACUCAGCUUCAACAAAGCAGGAGUUGUAAUGUAGUUGCUCAUGUCCUUUUUGUCAUUCACUGUUAGUCGGAAGAGGUACUGAUUCUGUCCUAAAAUUCUGGUCCAAUUUCCUCCCCUCCCCCUCCCCAUCAUCCUCUCUCUGCC